AUGCCGGCGGCCACGUCCCAGCCGCCGGUCAAGCUUUCGCUUCCCCUACAAUUUCAGCAGGAAAUCUAUCAGCUCUUGCGUGCAGAAGAUGUACUGGUCAUCCUCGCUCGCGGGCUAGGCCUCCUGAGAAUCGUGACUAAUCUAUUGCAUACAUAUGAUGCGGCUGGCAAUUCGCUCGUUAUCAUCGUAGGAGCAGAAGAUCGUGAAAAUGAGUGGAUCGGCGAAGCGCUGGCAGAGCACUAUGCCAUUUCCCGAACUCCUCUGGCGAAAGGCCUUCGAGUCAUCAAUACUGACAAGGCUACCGUAGCAGCACGGGAGAAGAUCUACUCGGAAGGGGGCAUCGUCUCAGUUACCAGCCGCAUCUUGAUUGUGGAUCUCCUCUCAAAACUGCUGGACCCGGAAACUGUGACUGGGCUUGUAGUUCUCCACGCAGAGCGCGUUGUCGCUACCAGUAUCGAAGCGUUCAUCGUCAGAAGCUUCAGACAGCACAACAAAAUCGGCUUCCUCAAAGGCUUUAGCGACUCGCCGGAACCACUGACCUCGUCAUAUGCACCUCUGGCAAGCAUGAUGCGAAACCUCUUCUUGAGAAAGCCUUCUCUAUGGCCGAGGUUCCAUGUCUCUAUCGCGCAGAGCCUCGAAGGCAAGAAGAAAGCGGAGGUUAUCGAGUUGGAGAUUGAAAUGUCAGCAUCCAUGAAAGCAAUUCAGCAGGCCGUCAUGGAAUGCGUCGAGACCAGCAUAUCAGAAUUGAAAAAGGCCAAUUCCGGCCUGGAGAUGGACGAUUGGACGCUAGACUCUGCCCUGCACCAAAACUUUGACGCCAUUGUUCGCAGGCAACUCGACCCGGUUUGGCACCGGAUCAGUUGGCGGACGAAACAAAUUGCAAAUGACCUGACAGUAUUGCGGACCAUAUUACACUCUCUUCUCAGCUAUGAUUGCGUGUCGCUUCUCAAAUAUCUCGACACUGUCCUUGCGACGCAUUCUCCGCCCCCGAAUUCCAGGCAGCAAGAUCAAUCGCCCUGGCUAUACAUGGAUGCCGCUGCAGUCAUCUUUAAAUCAGCCAGAGGCAGAGUAUACUCUGGAAAAGUCGAAGACGGGGGCGCACUGCCCACGUCGAAGCUGCCCGAUUCUUUGACACCGGUCCUGGAAGAGCAACCGAAGUGGGCGGUCCUCGCGGAACUGUUACAGGAAAUUGAGACUGAUGCAUAUCUGACUCCGACACGGAGCGAUUCCAACGAGACGAUAUUGGUAAUGUGCAACGAUUUGAGGACUUGCCGUCAAAUUCGCGAGUAUCUCCAGACCAUGCACGUGAAGCCAAUUCCCCAGGACACGAAUGAUGGUCGGGCUCCUCACGAGAUAGAAGAGCAGGAAGCGAAAGGCUCCGCCGAAUUUAUGUUACGACGAAAGCUUCGGGAGUACCUAGUCUGGAGAGAUACAUUUACCCAAGUCAGCACCUCUCUCUUCGAAGAGAACCAAAAAUCGCUCAACAACAUCAAAGGUAACAAUACUGCUUCUGCUCGCCUCAACAGCAAGGCACCGGCGAACAAGCGAAGACGGGUCAGAGGUGGAGGUGCAUCAGGGCUCAAUCCAUUUCGCACGGCUAGCGGGGCGGUUGCCAUGGUCGAGGACAAGGCAGCACACGUUGCCAGUCUCCUUGCCGAUCUGCGACCUACAGGUGCCGAAGCUCUUCAGAAAGAAGAUGUGAUGGUUGACGAUUUGAUCGAAGCUGGAGAAGACUUCUUUGAGUUAUAUACUCCAGAAGACCAGAUCGUUGUUCAUCCAUAUGACGGCGACCAAGACGAUCAACUGCUCGAAGAGAUCAGGCCGAAGUACAUCAUCAUGUUCUCACCAUCCGCGGAUUUCAUACGGAGGGUCGAAGUGUACAGAUCGAGUCAUUCGGAUCGCAGUGUUCGAGUUUAUUUUCUCUAUUACGGCAACAGCGUCGAAGAACAGCGGUACCUAUCUUCAGUUCGACGGGAGAAAGACGCUUUUACAAAGCUCAUCAAAGAGCGAGGCAGUAUGGCAGUCACCCUGGCGGAUGCUAAUGUUGACCCUGAGGAGGCAUUUCUGCGUACUGUCAAUACUAGGAUUGCAGGGGGCGGAAGACUCGCAGCCACGGCAGCCCCUCCACGGGUGGUUGUCGAUGUCAGAGAAUUUCGUUCAUCAUUGCCAAGCUUGCUCCACGGCCGAAGUAUGCAAAUAGUGCCGUGCCAACUUACUGUUGCCGAUUACGUCCUAUCACCAGACAUUUGCGUGGAACGAAAGUCAAUCCCGGAUUUGAUUGGUUCUUUCAACAAUGGACGACUCUACAAUCAAGCAGAAACGAUGCUUCAGCAUUACACGUAUCCGUUCUUGUUGAUUGAAUUUGAUCAGAACAAGUCCUUCACCCUUGAUCCAUUCGCCGACUUAUCCGGCACGUUGAAAGCGCCCGAUGCCGAGACGAGGAGCUUGCAGACGAAACUUGUUCUUCUCACGAUCCGGUUCCCCAGACUGAAGAUCAUCUGGGCUUCGUCACCAUAUCAGACUGCCGAAAUCUUUGAAGAACUCAAGAAACAGCAGGAAGAGCCAGAUCCGUAUAAGGCAGUACAGAUCGGCUUGGCCGCUGGCGAAGAUCCGGAAGAGAGAACGUUUAACACGGGACCCCAAGAGUUGCUGCGAGCGAUACCGGGUGUCAGUGACAAGAAUGCGAGUCGGCUGUACCUCGAAACUAGAAACGUGUUGGAGGUUGCCAACAUGAGCCUCGAAGAGCUUGAUCCCCUUGUUGGCCGAGAAUCUGGCCGGCAGAUUGUCCGAUUCUUCACUCGGAGGGUUGGUGACGAGGAUGAUCAGAUCAUGUGA